CCUUCUCAGUCUGAGGAACGUAAACUUGAACCAACUACAGACAUGAGGAAUAUAUACGCUUUUGCUCUGCUGCUUAUUGUAGUUUUUGCAAGCACCUCCAGUGGUGCCAGCGUUUCUGACCUUCUGUGUCGCAACAAGGCCAACGGCAUUCGUGCUCUGGUACCCGGCAGUUGCUCCAGGUUCUAUGAGUGCCAAAAUGGUGUUGCCAAGGAAUACACAUGUCCCAAAUUCUACGACUUCAAGAUCCGCAGCUGUGUAACCUAUAAUCCUGGUUGCGUUGAGGGUGUUGUCGAUGAACAGCAAUCCGUCCGUGACACUGCCCAACCGUGUAAUGGAGCGACAACCACCCCACCACCUUGCGUUACCACCACACCGCCUUGUACUAAGACCACAACGCAAACUCCUUGCUCAGGAAUAAUUACAACGACAACACCAUCAUCAACAACAACAACUUCUACGCCAACCACGACUACCACAACCACCACCACUACUACAACCACUACAACUACAACAACUUGUACCCCAACAACUACAACAACCACGACUACCACAACAACCACGACUACCACAACUACAACAACUUGUUCCCCAACAACUACGACAACCACGACUACCACAACCACCACAACGACUACAACCACCACAACGACUACAACCACUACAACGACAACAACUUGUAGCCCAACAACCACGACUACCACAACCACAACUACAACAACCACAACAACUACAACUACUUGUACCCCAACCACUACGACUACAACCACAACGACUACAACCACAACGACUACAACCAAAACGACUACAACCACAACGACUACAACCACAACGACUACAACCACAACGACUACAACCACCACAACUACAACUACUUGUACCCCAACAACUAGGACAACCACGACUACCACAACCACCACCACGACUACAACCACCACAACGACUACAACCACUACAACGACAACAACUUGUACACCAACAACCACGACUACCACAACAACAACUACAACAACCACAACCACUACAACUACUUGUACCCCAACCACUACGACUACAACAACAACGACUACAACCACAACGACUACAACCACUACAACUACAACAACUUGUAGCCCAACAACUACGACAACCACAACGACUACAACCACUACAACGACAACAACCACGACUACCACAACCACAACUACAACAACCACAACCACUACAACUACUUGUACCCCAACCACUACGACUACAACCACAACGACUACAACCACCACAACUACAACUACUUGUACCCCAACAACUACGACAACCACGACUACCACAACCACCACCACGACUACAACCACCACAACGACUACAACCACUACAACGACAACAACUUGUACCCCAACAACCACGACUACCACAACAACAACUACAACAACCACAACCACUACAACUACUUGUACCCCAACCACUACGACUACAACAACAACGACUACAACCACAACGACUACAACCACUACAACUACAACAACUUGUAGCCCAACAACUACGACAACCACAACGACUACAACCACUACAACGACAACAACCACGACUACCACAACCACAACUACAACAACCACAACCACUACAACUACUUGUACCCCAACCACUACGACUACAACCACAACGACUACAACCACCACAACUACAACUACUUGUACCCCAACAACUACGACAACCACGACUACCACAACCACCACCACGACUACAACCACCACAACGACUACAACCACUACAACGACAACAACUUGUACCCCAACAACCACGACUACCACAACAACAACUACAACAACCACAACCACUACAACUACUUGUACCCCAACCACUACGACUACAACAACAACGACUACAACCACAACGACUACAACCACUACAACAACUUGUACCUCAACAACCACUACAACGACAACAACUUGUACCCCAACAACCACGACUACCACAACAACAACUACAACAAAUACAACCACUACAACUACUUGUACCCCAACCACUACGACUACAACCACAACGACUACAACCACAACGACUACAACCACAACGACUACAACCACAACGACUACAACUACAACAACUUGUAGCCCAACAACUACGACAACCACAACGACUACAACCACUACUACUACAACAACUUGUACACCAACAACCACAACUACCACAACCACAACUACAACAACCACAACCACUACAACAACUUGUACCCCAACGACUACGACAACCACAACGACUACAACCACUACAACGACUACAACUUGUACCACAACAACCACGACUACCACAACUACAACUACAACAACCACUACCACUACAACAACUUGUACCCCAACAACUACGACAACCACAACGACUACAACCACUACUACUACAACAACUUGUACACCAACAACCACAACUACCACAACCACAACUACCACAACCACAACUACAACAACCACAACCACUACAACAACUUGUACCACCACAACAACAUUUACCCCGAAAACGAUCUCGACCACUACAUGCCCAGAAACCGCUCCGACAACCACCGCUUGUCCUGACGUGACAACAACUGUUUGUCCCACUGCAUCAAAGGCCGUGGCUGCCACCCAAUCGAAGCGUAAUCCCAUCCGCCGAAACCCCGUUAACCGCCUGCUCUGGGAAGUAGCCGAAUGGGCCGGUCUGUCGUCCUCUAGUUCGGAGGCUCAGCUUAAGGUUUCGUGCUUGGGCAAACCUGACGGAUUCCUGAUGGCAUCUCCCGAACGGUGCAACGACUACUAUAUCUGUCGUCGCCAGCGCGCCCUCAAGGUCAGCUGUGGUGAUAGGUACUUCAACGGACUGAAGGGAAUCUGCGAUCUCCCCGAAAAUACCAGCUGUGUUCAGUCUUAAGUAGAAACUCCGCUGUUGAGACCAAAAUCAUUUUGAAAAUGUAACACGAAAUUAUGGAUCGAAACCUUAAUUAAUUAUAAUUAUUAAUUAUAUAAUUAUGCAAAGGCUUAUAAAAGGCAAUUGAAAAAAUUA